AUGGGAUGGUGUUCAAAUCUUCUUUCAUCCUUGACUCUGAUCGCUUUGCUUCUAGCAUACGCUUUUGCGGGAAGGAUUGCAAAGUGCAUACUAUAUCUGCCUCUCAACGGCAUCUCCUUCAUGAUCUACUUCAGAAUUAGAAGCUUUAUUGGAAGAAGACAUCUCAGCGUAGUCACAAAUGUGCUUUCGAGACUUAUAAAGUUUGCUGUUGGGGGGCUUCUAACAUAUACAACAGCAUCACUAACUUCAGCAAAGUGCGCCCACGGACCCUUGGUUUUGGGAGGUAUUCUCCUUUCCAUAGAUCUUAUAAGAGCAUACCUCUACGAGUCGUCGAAAAGGAACUUUGAAAACAAAAUACUUACGGGAAACUUUAUGGACAUCCUUAAGCUAGAGAAAUACAUCAUACACUCUGUGGAGGGCCCGCAGUCGGCAGACUUGGAGAGAAACCUAUCUGUUGACGAGUAUUUUAAUAGGGGGCGCCCAAAGCCAAUAGAAGCCAACGGGCUUUUUGAUCUAUGGAAUGACCAAAAUCCUUAUGAAGAGCAUGCUUCUGACAGCGAUUUCAUCGAGAGCAAUGUGGGAUCAAAAAAGAAGGUAAGAAGACAAAGAAUAUCGAUUGAUCCCGAGACAUAUGGGUUUGCUAGUGAAAAGGGGAGGCCGCCCAGAGAUAUUCUGAGGAUCGAGAAGGUAGUUCUUACACCUGAGGAGAAGAGGAAAGAAAGGAUGUAUGCAAUGAACCCGUCCGAGAUGAUGCCUGGGAUGGACUGCAAGCCAGAGAUUGAUUGGAAGGACAUCAGCGGCGAAGAGUGGGGGUUUCUGGAAAUAGACAAGAAAAGAACCAAGAAGAUUCCGGCAAGGCCUGGGCUGAUAACGAUUGAAUCGCUUCGGACGCAAUUUGGAGAGAAAAAUGCAAAGGAGGCAUACUCGUUGAUUGCUUUCAAGAGAGGAGAAGGGAUAAACUAUGAUGUCUUCAAGGAGAACUGGAGACAGAUUAACGGGGAGAGGGACAAUCUGUACAAAACGAUUAUGGACAACAGGAGACUCUUGAAUGUCAUAUGGUUUAUUCUGGUUCUCCUUGAAAGUAUCAUUGGGUACCUAAUGAUAUCCAUGUACUUCAAAACACAACCACUACUGCUGGAGCUGAUCUUUCCAAUGGUGAUACUUCCCGCACUUCCGAUAGUCAAGAUGACUGUGGAGUCGUUUUUGUUUAUUAUAUACACCCAUCCGUAUGAUCCUGGAGACCGGGUUCACAUUGACGGAGAGAAUAUGGUGGUUCGAAGGAUCUCGCUGUUCAGCACUGUUCUCGAGACGUGGGAUGGGAUGGAGACGAUAAUCCCAAACCUGGUGAUAAGAGAAAAGGCCAUUCUGAACAUAAGAAGGUCGAAGCAGCAGCAGUGGAGGCUCUCGCUAUUAGUAUCGUCAAGAACACCCGAGAGAAAGAUCGAGCUACUGAGGGAGGCGAUCAAAAGGUUUGUAAGGCACGACAAGUCCUACAUUACUGCAAGUGUGAGUCUUUCGGAGAUAGUCGACUGCAAUCAUUUGAGAUUAACAGUAAUUGUAAAGCAUUCUAUCAACUUCCAAAGUGGGUUCUUUAUGUGGACAGCCCAUACAAAGUUUGUCAACAUGGUUCUGGCGAUUAUGUGCAAGCUAGACAUUAGGUUUGCACCCCUUGGUAAGGAGAUUGUGAAUCUGGGGCCCACCUAUGAACAUGCUAAUUAUGAAAAAUGA